CCACUCUCCACCCUCCCGCUUUCACUCUUGACGAUCAAAGUCGAGUGCCGAACCGGAAGAUCAAUCCAGUGAGCAUCGCCAACAAUGGGUCGUCCAUCCGGGGUCGUCGGGCGUACGCAGCUCAAACAGGAUGACCUAAUGCGCAUCCAGACGCUGUCGCGCGACGCGCGCAUGGGCCCGUCCGAGAUCCGCCGCGUCACGGGUUACUCGAUUCACCAGAUCAAGUACGCGCUCAAGAAGAAGACGCCUACGGUUGGUAAGCGGUCGGGGAGGCCCAGGAAGGGCGAGGUGGCUCCCAGGAAAAAGAAGGCCGCUGAGGCGGGCGCGGCCGGGGACGGGACCGCGGCCGGGGACGGGCAAAUCGAGCAGCUGGGUCCUCCGGUGAACCAGGAUGAGAGCGCCGAGGCCGGCGAAGGGAGCGGGGAGCUGAGCGUAGAGUUAAAUAACCAAGCGCCCGGGCAAGUUGGGCCGCAAGAGCUCGGGCGACUCGAUGAUGGGCAGCAGCACGUGCCCGACCAAACUCACCAACAACAGCAAUACCAACAACUCCAACAAGCACAGCAAUCGCAGCAGCUUCAACAACAAGAGCAGCAACAAAGACAGCCAGAUCAAUACGGUCAAGCAUUUCAGCCCCCUCAGCCGUGAGCAGCACCCGACGUAGAACCGAGGAGUCUCAAAGGGGUGAGAGAAGGCAAAAAUGUGUCAAAGAUCUGUGCCUGUCCAAAUUAGCUGGCUAUAAUAAUUAAGCGUAAUAACUCGGGAUUCGGCAGACUCGUUUGUCAGUUUCGGAAAGUAGCAGCAGAUUGCUGGUCUAUGCCGUUGUCAAGCAGCUGACCAAGGUCUACUUUCGUUCUCUGUAACCCAGAGUUGGAAAUUAGUGCAGACUUCAGAAGAAGAGUAUCUCAUAUCUGUGUUGAGAGGUGGUGAUCAUUUUCCUCGGCCGAUAUCAUUUACUCCGAUUGCUUUCUAGGUACAUACAUUUGCGAGGAUACCCUCUGGCCGCGGCUCAGUCGAUC